AGUGCUGCUGUGAAGAGAACCAUCCUCACACUGAAUGCUGAACAUCAGCUACUUCCUGCUGCUGAUUUAAACCUUGUUGUAGAGAUGGAACAUUGGCUGUGGAUUAUUCUUGCUGCUCUCUCCUUUGAGUGUAAAGGACAAGACACAGUGACCCAGACAACAGGAGAAGUCAGCGCUACUGAAGGAGACACAGUUACAAUUGACUGCACAUUUAAGACAACUGACAAAUAUCCCUAUCUGUUCUGGUACAAACAAGAAGUCAAUGGUUACCCAAAGUACAUGUUGAUGCGUUGGACAGGAACUGGAGAGAAUGCUGUAGAGUUCCAGAAAGACAGAUUUGAUGCUACAAUCAACGAGACAUCAGUUCCUCUGCAGAUCUCCUCUGCUGCAGUGACAGACUCUGCUGUGUACUACUGUGCUCUGAGGCCGAAUACUGGAGGAUAUAAGAUGAUCUUUGGAAGAGGAACCAGAGUAACCGUGGAAACCAAGGAAGAGUACGAGCCGUCCUUCUACAAGCUGGAGGCUGAACCCACGCCGCUGUGUCUGGCCACCGGCUUCAGCAGAAUCCGAGCUGCGGAUCAAGACAAAAGUGACAUCUUCAACAACAGGGCGGGCGCCGUGAGGAUCGAGGGGGACUCACUGUUCAACCAGGUGGGCUACCUGUCCUCUAAUCAGACGUGUGAGACAGGGGGUGGACCGGGUGACUGCGAUGACUCUUUGCAGCCAGACCCUCAGGUGAACCUGGCGUCUCUCACGGUGCUCGGGCUGCGGCUCCUCUUCAUGAAGACCGUGGUGUUCAACGUCCUGCUGACGCUGCGCCUCUGGAUCACUUCCUGAGAUCCUGGAGCACGACGGACGGGUGUCUGUUUCCUGUUCUGUAAAAAUAUAAACUCAUCUGUCGAUAUCUUCAGACUGCGGACACACGGGGAAACAUCCUGUCUCAUCUUCAUCCUGUUUAAACUUCCUUAAUGGUGUUGUGGAUAAUAAUGAAUGCAUUUUGUAAAUAUCUAACAUUUAACAGUAAAAGAACUUGUCGAAUCUCUGUGCGAUAUUUCCUGUGACGUUCAAAUAAAAACUGAGAAAACAAA